AUGCACAGCUUCCCCGGGCAUAAGAGACGGGAAUGGCCUCUGUCUUCCUUCUGGCUCCUCUGCUCAGAGACCCAAGUGUCCACCUUCUUCAGAGAGUCCUAUUCCCCCGGCUCCCUGAGACCAGAAGGCAUGAGGCAGCUCCACACGCUGGCCCUCUUCUUUCUCCUCCUUCAGUUUGGAACAAAGAAGGCAGAGUCAACUAGAGCUUGUGGCCAGCCCCGAAUGCUGAACCGAAUGGUAGGAGGUGAGAAUGCCCAAGAGAGGGAAUGGCCCUGGCAGGUCAGCAUCCAGAGGAAUGGAACCCACUUCUGCGGAGGAAGCCUUAUAACGGAUCAGUGGGUAUUGACAGCAGCUCAUUGCUUCUCUAAUACUUCAGAAACUUUCCUGUACAAGGUUCUACUAGGGGCCCGGCAGCUGGUGAAUCCUGGGCCUCAUGCCAUGUAUGCUCAAGUAAAGAGGGUGGAAAGCAAUCCCCAGUAUCAGGGCAUGGCCUCCAGUGCUGACGUGGCCCUGGUCCAACUGGAGGCUCCAGUGACCUUCACUGACUACAUCUUGCCUGUGUGCAUUCCCAGCCCUGAGGUCAAGUUUGAGGCGGGGAUGAACUGUUGGGUCACAGGCUGGGGCAGUCCCAGUGAGCAAGAUAACCUGCCCAGCCCCCAAAUUCUACAGAAGUUGGCUGUUCCCAUCAUUGACAGACGGAAGUGCAACAUCCUCUAUAACAAGGACUCAGAGCAUGGAGUGUUACCCAAAACCAUCCAAGACGACAUGUUGUGUGCUGGUUAUGCAGAGGGGAAGAAAGAUGCCUGCAAGGGCGACUCCGGGGGACCCCUGGUUUGCCACAUUGGUCAUUCUUGGCUCCAGGCUGGAGUGAUCAGCUGGGGAGAAGGCUGUGCCCGCCGCAACCGCCCAGGAGUCUACAUCCGAGUUGCUUCCCACCAUGCCUGGAUCCACAGGAUCAUCCCAGAACUGCAGUUCAAAUCUGGCCCCGACAGGAAGAGGGGGCCCCGGGGCCAAGAGACCUUCAAGAUAAGCUAUGCUCCUGGCCUUGUGGCCCACACCCUGCUACUCGGCCUCACUGUUCUGCUUACCUUUUGA